GGUUAGAGGAGAGCUUACGAUUGGAUGAUCUUCUUCAGUCUUUAUGAUUUACAAGAGCACCGGGGAUAUAAAGUUACUUGUGACAAUAAAUCAUGAUCACUUCGGGAGGUGAACACUGAACGAAUACCUGAAACGGGCCUAAAACACCAUAUCACAUUUAAUACGUAUUAGAGUGACGAACGCACACUAUAUAUUUCGCCAGUGUUGGAAUGAAGAAACAAUUGGAACAAAAAUAGGGUAACUUGUACUAAACGUUUGGCAUUUUGAAGCAUGCUCGAUGUUACAACAUUAAAAGUACUGACGCGCAGCAUACAUUCUUUAUAGUUUGACAAAUCUGAUUCUAGACAUCAACCGACAGGAACGCAAUACGAGUCACCAUGCACUCAUCCGUGGCGCAUCCACAAAUACAAAAGAAAUAUAUACGUGUGAGGAAUGUUCAGGAUGCCAGUCUCGGAUUCAACGAUACCUUACAUAAAAAGGCGGCUAAGCCUACGUUAUGCACCCGGGAGCGUUGCAUGGGUUCUACUAUGAUGACCGUGAAGCAAUCGGGGACGCCUCGGGCAAAAGAAGAUGUGCUUACACAGGCUAAAGAUUUCCUCGAGCAGUUUUACAUCUCUAUGAAACGAUCUGGUACCCCAGCACACCAGAAACGUCUAGAUGAAGUUGUGGAGUCCAUUGAGAAAAGAGGAACUUAUGACCUUACUUCCAGUGAACUUACUUUUGGUGCUAAAACCGCAUGGAGAAAUGCACCUAGAUGUAUUGGUAGAAUACAAUGGUCAAAAUUACAAGUGUUUGACGCCAGACACAUAAACACUGCAAGAGGAAUGUUUGAGGCAAUCUGCAACCACAUCAAGUAUGGCACCAAUAAGGGUAAUAUUCGCUCGGCAAUCACCAUCUUCCCACAAAGGACAGACGGAAAACAUGAUUUCAAAGUUUGGAAUCCCCAGUUUAUUCAAUAUGCUGGUUAUAAACAACCCAAUGGGGGUGUUAUUGGAGACUCAGCAAAUGUGGCAAUCACAGAGGUGUGUAUUAAGCUUGGUUGGAAGCCAGGAAAUGGGAUGUUUGAUGUGCUUCCCCUUGUUCUUUCUGCAAACGGCCAAGAUCCUGAAAUGUUCGACAUUCCAAAGGAUCUUGUUUUUGAGGUUCAAUUUGAACACCCAAGAUUCGAUUGGUUUGAGAGCUUAGGGCUGAAAUGGUUUGCCUUGCCUGCAGUGUCGAAUAUGUUGUUUGAUUGUGGCGGUCUCGAAUUUCCAGCAGCUCCCUUCAAUGGAUGGUACAUGGGAACUGAAAUUGGUGCUAGGGAUUUAGCCGAUCCAGCCCGGUACAAUAUCCUCGAGCGAGUUGCUGUACUGAUGGGUCUGGACACCAAAAAAUCGUCCUCUCUAUGGAAAGACAGUGCUCUCGUGGAGGUCAAUAUAGCUGUGUUACACAGUUUUCAGAAAAGUAACACAACAAUAACAGACCACCAUGCAGCCUCGGACUCAUUUAUGAAACACAUGGAAAAUGAGGUCAAGGCAAGAGGAGGGUGCCCCUCUGAUUGGGUAUGGGUGGUGCCACCUAUGAGCAGUAGUAUGACACCUGUCUUCCACCAGGAAAUGGUCAACUACAAUUUGAAACCAAGUUAUGAAUAUCAGGAGUUAGCCUGGAAGACGCAUGAGUGGAAGAAGGAUAAAGAAAGGGGAAAAGCAGUCGGUGCAAGAAAGAAGAGAAAAAUUGGAUUUAAAGAGUUAGCGAGGGCUGUCAAGUUCAGUUCUAAAUUGAUGGGGAAAGCCUUGGCCAGAAGGAUUAGUUGUACGAUCCUUUAUGCCACGGAGACUGGGAAAUCUGAAAGCUAUGCUAAGACACUUUGUGAUAUAUUUAUGCAUGCAUUUGAUGCAAAGGUGUUAUCCAUGGAUGAUUAUGACACAGCGGAGCUUGAACAUGAAGCGCUUGUACUUGUCAUUACCAGUACAUUUGGAAACGGAGACCCACCAGAGAAUGGAGAGGCGUUCGGAAAAGCAUUGUAUCACCUGAAGGAACCAGAUAAUAAAAGCGGAAGCGCGUCAACUAUUAUGCGACUUGGAUCAGAUUCAAAGGAGACCAGGCCAGAAUCACUCACAAAUGGUAGUGAUUUAUUGGACAGAGACAUCGGUCCGAUGGGAAACUUAAGAUUUUCAGUAUUUGGUCUUGGGUCGAGGGCUUACCCUCAUUUCUGUGCUUUCGCCCAUUACGUCGACAACAUUCUCUACGAUCUCGGGGGUGAACGCAUUCACACGUUGGUCGAAGGGGAUGAGCUUUGUGGACAGGAGGAGUCGUUCAAAAUAUGGGCACAUGCAGUAUUCAAGUCUGCUUGUGAAACGUUCUGUGUGGGUGAUGACGUCAAUAUUUCUGCCGUUACUGGUGCUUUGGCGGAUAAUGAUACAUCCUGGAAAGAAGGAAAAUAUAGACUCACUCCAACAGCAGCGGGCAAGCCAUUGUCUCUUGAUAAAGGUUUAUCAAAGCUGCAUAAGAAAAGUGUAUUUCCAUGUAAACUGGUAUCUUGUGAAAAUCUUCAAUCGAAGGACUCCGGCCGACGCACGUUAUUGGUCAAGAUGAAUACACAAGUUGCAGGCUCUGACGAAUUGGGUUAUCAACCAGGAGAUCACGUGGGGAUAUUUGCGGCCAAUAGGGACGAAUAUGUAAAUUUUAUCAUAACGAGGCUACAGAAUGCGCCACCUCCCGACGAAUUGAUACAAUUAGAAAUUCGCAAGAGCAGCGGUAACACAAAUAAAUGGGCUGCAAUCGACCGUUUUCCUCCCAUGACACUGCGCACCGCAUUGACGAACUACUUAGAUAUAACAACGCCGCCAACACCUGUGUUGCUUCAGCAUUUCGCUACCCAGACAAGUGAUGCCAAAGACAAACUUGCCCUUGAAAAACUAGCUACGGACACUGCAUCAUAUGAAAACUGGAAAUCCUGGAAACUUCCGAAUUUGGUUGAAGUUCUGAAGGAAUUUCCCUCGGUAAAAGUCAACCCGACUCUCCUACUUGCCCAGCUUCCGCUCUUGCAACAACGCUUCUAUAGUAUAAGCUCUUCUACUCUGGCACACCCUGACGAGGUCCACAUAACAGUUAUAGUUGUAGAGUAUCGCGCACAAGGUGGAAAGGGCCCCCUUCACCAAGGGGUGUGUUCCGCCUGGUUCGAAAAGCUAAAGGAGGGGGACAGCAUACCAUGCUACAUUAGAACAGCUCCCAACUUCCACAUUCCAGAAAACGCCAGUUUACCCAUUGUUAUGGUCGGCCCGGGAACUGGUAUCGCGCCUUUCAGAAGUUUUUGGCAACAACGUAAAAUAGAAGUAGAAAUGGGAGAAUUGAACAAGCAAGGGAAAUUUGGAUUCGGGGAGAUAGACUUGUACUUUGGAUGUCGCAAUUCAAAGAUGGACGAUAUAUACCGUCACGAAACGAUGCCCCUUCAAGCUGACGGAUAUCUGUCUCACGUCUACACUGCAUUCUCGAGAGAACCUGGCCAGUCGAAGGAAUAUGUUCAAACAGUUUUGUCUAAAAACUCAAAAAACGUAUACCGACAAAUAGUUGUGGAACAUGGACAUUUUUACGUAUGUGGUGACGUUUCAAUGGCGUCGGAGGUCUCUAAUGCUCUGAGGCACAUAAUUAAGACUGAGGGGAAGAUGACCUCUGAUGAAGCACAACAGUUCAUACUUACAAUGAGGGAGAACAACAGAUUCCACGAGGACAUAUUCGGAGUGUCGCUGAAGGUACAAUCCGAUCGUAAACUGCAACUUCAAGAAUCAUUUGAUUUUUCUGCACAAAUUCCUGAGCGAUGAACAACACUGAUACUAAUCCAGUGAAAUAGAACCAUAUCGAUGAUUCAAAAGACGACUUGUAUUUUAUAUUCAAGAUUCAUUGUGCUCGAAGCCAAACAUUUGGCUUCCCCACAUAUC